GGCUCAGUUGUCUGCAGUCCCCGCGGGACGCGACUGCUCGCUCGCGCUCUCUCUCUCUCUCUCUCUCUACCGUCGCAACCAGCCCCCUCCUUUUCCCUUGCCCUCCAUCCUAGCGCUAGGCAGCCAGCGAGAGAAUCCGCCCACCUUAUCGAUCCUGAGAAACAUUAUUGGAGCGUUUACGAAGAGCCGGUAGCAGAUUGGACAGGAGUUCUUUCAAUCAGUCUGGUGGGCGGCCGUAUCUUAGAAACGCCGCUGUCCUCAUAUUUGCUUAUGAGGCGAAUUUUGCGAAUGGGUUUUGAAAAGUAUUCUGGGUAUUGUAGUUUAGUGUGCGUUAUCGCAAAGGGAUUUCCAAAGGAUGGAAUGCGGAGUUAAGAUAUAUCUGCUCUUGGGGUGCAGCAAAUCGGAGAAUGAGCUCAAAUUACAAAAAAAAAAAAGAACGGGUGGAAAAAAAGGAAAGUCAAAGAAACGGUUGGUCUGCUAGUUGAAGAAGAUGGCAAGAUUGUGAUAGACAAUAGGAAAAGUGCUGGCUUCUGUUAUAUGACUUUGAUAACUCUGAACACACUUUGAUAAUCUGAUUAGAAGAUUUUCCUGAACAAAGCUUCUUCUCCUAAUGCUAUAGUGACCAUGGCCAUUCUUAAAGUAAAAUUCACCAAAACCAAACGAGACAAACUGGCUCAAAUCCUAUGGAUUCUCAAUUGGUUUUCUGUGAUAUCUGGUGCAGUUGUGUUCAGCCUUGGACUCUUCCUAAAGAUCGAAAUAAGAAAACGCAAGGAGGUGAUAGCGAAAUGGGAUAUUAACUCUGUUCCAAAUACUUUAAUUUCUAUUGGAGCCAUAGUUUGCAUGAUCAACUUUUUUGGAGGUAAAAUAUGUUAUGACUGCACGGAUGCCAAUAAAUUUAACCGCUGGAAGCUGAUCAUGCUCCCUUAUAUUGUAUGCACUCUCUGUUUUACCUUCUACAUCUUUGUGGGUGCUAUUAUGUGCUAUACUAUGAGAAAUGAAUUGGAAGAAUCUCUAUAUCUGGGAUUGGGAAAUGCUAUUAAAUUCUACAAAGAUACAGACAUUCCUGGAAGAUGCUUUUUGAAGAGAACUAUAGACACUUUGCAGAUCAGAUUCCAGUGCUGUGGAAACAAUGGUUUUAGGGAUUGGUUUGAAAUUCAGUGGGUAUCACCUCGUUAUCUGGAUAUGACUUCAGAGGAUGUUCUAGAUCGUCUAAAAAGUAAUAUUGAUGGGAAAUUCUUGGUGGAUGGAGUCCCCUUCAGUUGUUGCAAUCCAAACUCGCCCCGACCAUGUAUCCAGUACCAGCUCACCAACAACACUGCUCACUACCGUUAUGAUGUUAUGACAGAAGAACUUAAUAUCUGGAUGAAAGGAUGCAGGGAAGCCCUUCUGGAUUAUUACACUGACAUCAUGAGUUCCAUUGGCAUCAUCACGUUCAUCGUUUGGGUAUUUGAGCUACUGGUCCUCAUUGGGGUUCGUUAUCUUCAAACAUCAAUGAGGAACCUUCUUCUACAGGCGGAUCCACUCUGUGAUUCCGAUGGCUGGUUAUUUGAAAACAGUUUUGUGGAAACUGCCAUAUGGAACAUCAACAAAAUUAAACAUCUUGGCAAAGGGAGCAAAGUAUCCAGUGUUUUGGAUAAUUCUAAUAUGGAUGUUCACACUGCAAACCAUAAUUCAGAAAAUACUCUUCCCAAAUAUAUCCCUGCAGCUUAAUUGAAUGUAAUACUAAAGACUUGACAACUGCAUCAUAAUGUAUAAGUAACAUGGCAAUUGGUUUGUGCGAUGUGCUAUGCCAUGGCUGUGCCAUACAAUAUAUGAGUUUGCUUGCUUGCUUUGGUUCCUCCCCACCUUAGCAACCCAUUUUGACUCUCAAUCCUUAAAGAGAUGGUGUUGGACCAAUAACAGAGUAAGAGGAGUCCAAAGCAGCGUUUGGUACUCUGGGAAUAAUCCUAACAGUGAGUGGACUGGUAACUGUUAAGGUGGUUGCAACUCUUGAAAGGCCAUCAUCAUCAGACAGGUUUAAACAAAAACAGUUUUGAGCACAGUGUUCGAAAUAGUAUUUAUAAACAUGGUAACUCUUCUUAUGUAAAUUUUGAGUAUCAGUGAAUAUCUGGGAUAUCAAGUAUAAAGAAUAACAUUUCAGAGGAAUUACUAUUGAUUUAUGUCACUUGCACUACUAUGAGCAUCUAAUCCAGGGUUGGGAAGAAGGAAAACUAUAAUUCAUUGCCAAUUUCUCCUUGGCCAUCUGUUGCUUACAAGUUGUGGGAAAUUUGUAAAUAUGACUGAUUCAUUUGAGCAUUUUGUUUAAGCAGAAUAUAUUCAGAAUCAAAUAACUAUACUUAGUAAGAAAUCUACCUAAAUAUACUUUGUAAAAUUAAAGUAUUUAUCCGUAGAACAUUAUGUUCACUGCCUUGAAUUAUAUAUGGGAUAAAAGUUGGGAUAAAAAUAUCAAAACAAAAAAACAAACAAACCCUGAUGGUAAUUAAAAAGGCAUGUAGUACAGCCCUAGUCCUAGCUUUCCACUAAAGGGGUCAUCAGGCCAAGAGAGUUUGUUUUUUAGAGAUAAGAGAAAUCUUUUUCAACAAAAACAGAUUCAAGAAGUUGCAAUUUUUGUUCAAAUUAUUAAUCAAAAGUCAGCGAUGACAUUAGCAAGACAAAUACGAAAGAUGCAGUAGCAUCUGCUUUGAUACAGAAAUAAUUUAAUGAAGAUUUCUAGUAUUAUUUUUUCUAUAUAUGGAAUGCAAUUAUAAAAACACUACUUUUCAAUCUUGCUAUGCGUGGAAAUUACCCCUUACAUUCAAGGGCCAUAUUUUUUAACAUAUUACUGGAAAACGAAAAAAAAAGCAAUUGUGAGUAAAAAAUCCCUGAGCCAUUGAAAACCUAGCUUUCAGCACGUACAAAAUCCAGCAACUGAUUUACAUGUGUUGACUUGCCUCAUUUAAUGCUUUUUUCCAAUAUUUCACAGCCUCAUGUGUGAGCUGCACUGAAGAUACUGUCAUUUGAACUACAUCUCUGCUGUGUAUGUUCUGUCAGACCCUUGGGAAAUAAGCCUGAAUGAGCAUGAGAAAUGAGCAUGAAUUUACUGGAGAAAUUUCUAAAAUCUGUGCUGCUUUUUUUAACACAGGAUUCUUAUAGUCAUAGUUAAUGGGCCAUGGCAAGCUCUGAGGCAAAGAAGAUAUGUCAAAACCGAGGCCUUGAUAUGUUCUCUGCCUUUUCUUUGUUCUUUUUUCUUUAAGGAACAGUUUCUCUUCCAUCCUGCAAGAUCCUACAGAGCAGGUAUACUUCAUGUCCCAUUCAAAAUUUGUAUGCCAGUCAGAAUCCAUAUUGAGUUAGGUGGCCUUAUAGAGAUGUUCCUUUCUCUCUUAUUUUUCUUAAGUUCCUAUGAACUAAUUUAAUGUUUUUAUUACUUAGAUUAGCAUUGGCCAGAAAAUCAACAGUAGGCAUCUUUUUAUCUGGGAAUGAGAAAAAAAUUGAGUUUGUAUUACAGGCACAAACAGAAAAGAAAAAUCUCCUUUUAUUUAUUUUUUAUUGUGUUUUUAAAAGAAGAAAGUAGGUAAUGUUUAAAUUUACGUUACAAUAUAACAUUUGGUACAUAUAUUAAGGACUCCUUUUAGCAUGGAUUUUGUUUUAUGAAUUAUUUUAUGAAUAACCUUACUAUUUUACAAAUAUUAUUUGAAGUAUUGUUAUGUUUGUUGCAUACAGUAUAAAAUGUUAUUAGACUACGUGUGGUAGAUAUGAGGUUAUGACGGUACCUUCUGAAUAAUGUAUUCAUUA